CUCAGUGUAAACAAAAGAUUACGAACGUUCAGUGAGUCAGAAAAUUAGGCUUACGUGUGAUAUUUUUGUUAUUUAAGUCGAACAGAAUCGUAUAGUUAAUUCAUAUCGUAUAUAUAAAAGAACAAAAUCGUCUAAAUUUUCAGUUCACACACAGAUUGAUAAGGAAAUAUAACAAAAGAGGUUCAUAUAGGUAAGAGAAUAAUUAUAACACACUGUUAUGGAAUUCAUCAGCAUUGUUAUAUUUUGUGGGAUUGUUUUCCUAAUCUGGUACUUCUGUGGUGGAUCAAGUAACCAGUCUAAAAGAGCAACAGACAAAAACAAUAGCAGCACAAAUAAACUGUAUCCGGAUUUGUCAAGUCUACAGAAAAGCAAAGCAAAUAUGCAACACAACAGUAUAUGGAACAUAUUUGGUGGUGGAGGAUAUGAUUAUAAUGCCAUUAUGGACAAGUUUACUUCUCUGGAGGAGGUACAAAAUGCCAUCAGACAAGCAGGAUUAGAAUCGUGUAAUUUGAUUUUUGGAAUAGACUAUACUGUCAGCAACUUACAUCAAGGUCGUUCCACUUUUGGGGGUAACAGCCUACAUGCAAUUGAACCAAGAUUUAUGAACCCUUAUCAACAGGUGAUCUGUAUCCUUGGAGAAACAUUAGAACCAUUUGAUGAUGAUGGUAUCAUUCCAGCCUUUGGAUUUGGGGAUGCAUCUACAAAAGAUAGAUCAGUCUUUUCAUUCAGGUCUCAGGGGUACUGUAAUGGUUUCCAUGAUGUAUUAGAUGCUUAUAACCAACUAACACCAAAUGUGAGGAUGAGUGGACCAACAAGUUUUGCUCCAUUGAUACGUCAGGCAAUAGAUACUGUGAAAAAAACUAAAUCUUAUCACAUACUUGUGAUUGUUGCAGAUGGACAAGUGACCAACGAAAGGGAGACAAUUGAUGCAAUUGUGGAAGCCUCAAGAUGGCCAUUGUCAAUUGUAAUGGUUGGUGUUGGAGAUGGACCCUGGGAUACUAUGGAACAGUUUGAUGACAGAAUUCCUGCACGAAAGUUUGACAAUUUUCAGUUUGUUGAAUUUCACAAAAUAAUGUCCACAGCUAGAAACCCUCAAGCUGCAUUUGCUCUUCAUGCUUUAAUGGAAAUUCCAGACCAGUAUAAACUUGUCAAAAAGAAUGGUCUUUUAAAUUUUUGAUCAUGUUUAGAUUUUUUAGAGAACAGAAUGUAGAAAUAUGUUUAUUAAUGCAUUAUUCUCUAUGUCUUUUAAUCAAAAUCAAAAAGUGUUUUGAACUCGCUUCAUUGUUAGUGAAAGAAAGAAAGAUGUGAGUGAAUAAGCAAUACAAAUGAAUGAUAAGAUUAUUUAUCAUGCAUAGAGUUAUGUUGAUUAGUUCAUAUAUUGGAAAAACAGUGAAAUGUGUAGGGUAGCCUUGGAUCCUGGGCCAAUCUGUGUUAUCUGUCUUAAGGGUCAGGUUGUGUAGAAUUGAUUCAGGGCUAUUUGGCCUUGAAUCUAUCUUGCAUGUGUGAAAUAAGACACCAAUUAACAAAUGUAUAAGAAUGCACAAUAUCAAAAUAAAAAUUAUUUGUGUUAAUAGAUUUUCAUGAUUUUUUUAAUGAAAAAAGAGAUCCAAGAUUGACAUAUUCACUACUAUUUAUAUUUGUGUUAUUUUUGUCUCGCAAUAGUCCCAUAACUAAAUUGGUCUCGAAAAUUGGUUGUUUAAUAGUAAAUUAAACUUAAACAUGCCUAAAUGUGUUAUGUCUGGCACUACUACAGAAUUAGGAUUCUCAGCUAUAGUACAGCACUAGAUGUUGAUUGAUUGCAUAUGUGAAUUUUAUAUGUAUCAUAUUUAACUUAACAUUUGACCUCAAAUUGAUAAUGACAAAUAUUUUUGUACCAUACAUGUUUUAUAUGGAUUUAGCUUUUGUUUGUGAUGAAAACUAUAUAUUUUUAUAUGAUAAUUUUUUUGUAAGAAAAUUAAAAAAAAAGAGUUUGUUACUCUGUUAUUGCUGAUGUGUAACUAUUUGGCCAUAUGUCAAAAGAGAGGAAUAUUAGUCCAUGCUGUCACUCUGCAGAUUUUUUUUAUGUUUCUUGCUUUAAUAGUGUUCAUAAUUUCAUUUGGAAAAUUUUUCACACUUGAUUCCAGUGCCUUAAGAUAUCAUCUAGAGUGGGAUUUAGUCCUUUUUGGGGUAUAUAAUGCACAAAGUGCAAUUAUUAUCCAUAUUACAUCCGGCUAUUAUACAAUUUUAGCCUUUGUAUGAGGUCUAUACAAGGAUAUAUCGACCUGAAAGAAGUAUAUCAACUGAAGGCUACAAUUGUUAUAUUAUUAUUUUCAAUGCGCUGCAUUUUGUGGACAAAAGGAAAUAAUAAUUCAAAAUCAUGCCUACCGUUAAAAGGCUUGUAUAGUCCGCGGUUUUAUUCUCCAAAACUGAACCUGCCAGACAGGGGUGCGGACUAUAGAGUACAAUAAGCAAGAAAUAAGAGAAAAAAUUAAAUUUCACUAGGUGGUUUGUUUACGUUCCGCCAUGUUUGUUUGAUAUUGUAGAGGGCGCUCUUAUCAUUUUUCAAACUAAUAAUUUUACCUAAUCCAUAUUAAUAAGUUAUUUUUAUUCAAUAUCAUAUUAAUACUGAUAAAUUAAAAAAUUAAAUGCUUCAUCACAAUUUUCUCGUUUCUUUUAAUGCAUUGCUUAAAAUAAACUGGUAUCUUCUUGAAUGAAACGGUACAAAAAAAGUAUAAAAGACAACAGUAAACCAGCUUCCGAAGUGUAAAUUAUGAAUCGUAAUUGGGUAUUAUUCGUUCCAUUUUGGUGUUUCAUACUGACAAAUAUGUUUUGUAUUAGCUUAAGACCCUUCAAACAUUAAUAUAAUAGAUAUAUUGAACACUGUUUUACAUAAGGAUGGAACUGUUUUACUUUCAAAGUCGUAUUACAGUGAUAUCUAUUAUGUACAGAUUUCGACUCUCACCGUUUUUUUUUCUACUUUUACACGUGCUUUUCAAACUUCCGGUUUAAACAUAAACAAGUUUCUAAAUUUUUUUUCUGUGAUUUAGACUUAUUUUAACAAUCGUGAAGUGUUCUAGAAUCAUUUGCAAGCAGUUUCAGCUUCUGUUUGAUGAUGGAAAACAGGUUUUUCCGAGAAAAUACCGCAAGCGACCACACACGAUUUGAAAUUACCGGAGUUUCAUUAGACCUUUUCUGACAGUUACUAAAAGUUUUUUUACCUGAAAUUUCGUGGGGAGAAGGGGGUGCGGACUAUGUACCAGUUAGAACUAUACAUGCCAGAUUACGGUAAAUAUGUUAUUUGCUAAUUACAAUGCAGUGUUUGAUUUAAGAUCACAAUGAAAUUGAAAGCAACCCUUAUUGCCUUGGUGCUCACAGAUCAUAAAGAAUUUAGGCCAUUUGAUGGCUUGAAGAAGUCUUCUAUCUUUGAAAGUUCUUCUUAGGUAGCUGCUCAAAAUAUAUUUCUAUAUGUAAUGUCUCUGAAGAACGGCAUUUAAGGCAAAUAUGUACUGCAGUCAAAAAGUUGUACAGUGAUUCAUGUUUCACAAGUCUGAAGAUGUCCAUUUUUGUCGAGCCUGCGACUUUUGUCGCAGAAAGCUCGACAUAGGGAUAGUGAUCCGGCGGUGGCGGCGUUAGUUAACUUCUUAAAAGCUUUAUAUUUUAGAAGGUGGAAGACCUGGAUGCUGGAUGCCUCAUGUUACGAAGUUUCCGUCAGUCACAUGUCCAAUGUCCUUGACCUCAUUUUCAUGGUUCAGUGACUACUUGAAAAAAAUUUUUUUUUGUAAUUUUAAAUUCUCUCUUAUUAUAAGUACUAGGAUAACUAUAUUUGGUAUGUGCGUACCUUGCAAGGUCCUCAUGCCCGUCAGACAGUUUUCACUUGACCUCGACCUCAUUUCAUGGAUCAGUGAACAAGGUUAAGUUUUCGUGGUCAAGUCCAUAUCUCAGAUACUAUAAGCAAUAGGUCUAGUAUAUUCGGUGUAUGGAAGGACUGUAAGGUGUACAUGUCCAACUGGCAGGUGUCAUCUGACCUUGACCUCAUUUUCAUGGUUCAGUGGUUAUAGUUAAGUUUUUGUGUUUUGGUCUGUUUUUCUUAUACUGUAUGCAAUAGGUCUACUAUAUUUGGUGUAUGGAAUGAUUGUAAGGUGUACAUGUCUAGCUGGCAGGUGUCAUCUGACCUUGACCUCAUUUUCAUGGUUCAGUGGUCAAAGUUAAGUUUUUGAGUUUUGGUCUUUCUUUCUAAUACUGCAUGCAAUAGGUCAGCUAUAUUUGGUGUAUGGAAUGAUUGUAAGGUGUACAUGUCUAGCUGGCAGGUGUCAUCUUACCUUGACCUCAUUUUCAUGGUUCAGUGGUCAAAGUUAAGUUUUUGAGUUUUGGUCUUUUUUUCUAAUACUAUAUGCAAUAGUUCAACUAUAUUUGGUGUAUGGAAAUAUUUUAUGAUCUAUAUGUCAGUCACGCAGGUUUUAUUUGACCUUGACCUCAUUUUCAAGGUUCAUUGCUCAGUGUUAAGUUUUUGUGUUUUUGUCUGUUUUUCUUAAACUAUAAGCAAUAGGUCAACUAUAUUUGUUGUAUGGAAGAAUUGUUAGCUGUACAUGCCUGCCUAGCAUGGUUCAUCUGACCUUGACCUUAUUUUCAUGGUUCAUUGGUCAAUGUUUAGUUUACUUGGUUAAUGUUAAGUUUAUGUGACAGUUGUAAUAAAGCUUUAUAUUUAGGACUAUCAACAUAAUAUCAAUGAUUAGUAAAGAAGGCGAGACAUUUCAGCGUGUGCACUCUUGUCUUAAACUAUAAGCAAAAGGUCAACUAUAUUUGUUGUAUGGAAGAAUUGUUAGCUGUACAUGCCUGCCUGGCAUGGUUCAUCUGACCUUGACCUUAUUUUCAUGGUUCAUUGGUCAAUGUUUAGUUUUCUUGGUUAAUGUUUAGUUUAUGUGACAGUUGUAAUAAAGCUUUAUAUUAAGGACUAUCAACAUAAUAUCAGUGAUUAGUAAAGAAGGCGAGACAUUUCAGCGUGUGCACUCUUGUCUGUUAUGUUUGUAGAUAUUGGGCCAUUUUAAGUGAAAUAGAAAGUUACAGAAGGUGUUCACAUUUCAUUUCUGGUGAUAUACUUUUCAUAGAAUUAUAGCCCUUUGAAGUUGGAAGAUCCAGAUUAUCGCUAUGUUUUAUAUUUUGCUUUAAAAUUUCUUAAAGACUUCACCACUCAACAAUUUAUAAAUCUUAAUCAUAUAUCAUUAAUUUAUUCAACUAAGUUCAUUAAAACUGGGUUACCUUUAACUUCAUAUUAAGUCAACCAAAGCUUUACUUAAAACCUUCAUCCAUACUGCUGAACUCUUUUACCUGGACCUCAUUGCCAUGGCUGACUAAAUAUCUACAUUUUCAUUUAUCAAUUAUAUUUUUGUGUACCUGUUAUAAAAUAUACAUGCAACUAUGGCAAAGCUCUCUGACUUUCCAUAAUAUCUCAUUUUCAUAGUUCACUGGUUGACUUUCAGUUUUUUUUUUGUGCAUAAAAAAUACCAUUUGAAGACGGACCAAAUUUUAGAUGCCUUAAUGUCCUGAGAUUAAAAUUUUAAAAUUCCAUACUUUUUUGCUGUUUUAUUUGUUUGUUGUUAAAUAUAAUAUUAUUUUUGUAUAAUAUUUAUUUUUGCCAUUCUGCAUUCCAGCUAGAAACUUUUUAGUGAGGAUACAUGAUGAUUUUUUUAAAUGAUAUAUGUUUUAUGUAACUUCGCAGGAAGAACAUCAAUGCAUUUUUUUAAUUAUUAAGAAUCAGUUCUGUACAAAGAAAUCAAACUGACAAUUAGCAUUUUAAAAUAAUUAAUUGGUAAGUUGCACACACUUAAUUUAGUGAUAACUAAUGUAAUAGUCAAUAUAUGAUUUUGCAAUAUUUUUCUAACAGAGUUACUUAGUUUGGUUAAUUCACUAAAAGUAAAAUGCUGCCUGAUGUCAUCACCAAUCCCAGUUUUUAAGCAUAAAAUUUAAAUAUUAGCCAAACCUGGAUGGCACUAUUUGAUUGUGAUGUCUUUAUAGUGAAGUCAUAAGGGAGAUUUGUCAGUUUCUUUGCAAAAUAGGGUAGUUGUUAGAAAUAUUUGGCUAAAUUAACAUAGAGCCAAGCGUAGUCCAAUAUAACUUGUUGCAUGUCAAAAGAUAAAAAUGAAAUACACUUACUGUUUAAAUAUCUUUUGGAGAGAAUGUUGUGCUCUGUAUUAUUUCUAAACAUGUACUAGUCAAAUAGUUGAGAUUUUGUCUACUUUCCUCAUUUUACUGAAUUUCCUGUCAUGGCUGUAUAACAAAUGAAAAGGGUAUACUUUUUAACCAAAGGUCUCUUGUGGAGAGUUGUCUCAUUGGCAAUCAUACCACAUCUUCUUUUUAUGAUGAUUUUAUCAAGGUACAUAUAUGCAACAUUAAUUUGAAAAAAUUGGAUAUUGUUUGAAAUAUAUUUGAUUUCAGGGACAAUUUGGCCCAAAAGCAUACCUUGUCUUCUGGUCUAAUGUUGAUAAAAUAAAUUAUAUUGUUUUUCCAUUUAAAAAUAAAUGGUUUUCCAUUUAUAAUAAUUUAACCAGUUAUCUGUAUAUUUAGAUAAUGUUAUAUGUUUGUAAAAAAGUUUGUUAAUGAAAUGUUAAAUAAAUAUUUUGAAAAAUAA